UGCGGCCGGCGGGCGGCGAUGGCGGCCGUGAGGGGCCUGCGAGUGUCGGUCAAAGCGGAGGCCCCGGCAGGACCGGCCUUGGGGCUCUCGUCGCCCGCCGACACCGAGGCCGGCCUGGAGCGCGGCGAGCCGGAGCCCAUGGAGGUGGAGGAGGGCGAGCUGGAGAUCGUGCCCGUGCGGCGAUCGCUGAAGGAACUGAUCCCGGACACAAGCAGAAGAUAUGAAAACAAGGCUGGUAGUUUCAUCACUGGAAUUGAUGUCACCUCAAAGGAGGCAAUUGAAAAGAAAGAACAGCGAGCCAAGCGUUUUGAUUUUCGAUCAGAAGUUAAUCUUGCCCAAAGAAAUGUAGCCUUGGACCGAGAUAUGAUGAAAAAAGCAAUCCCCAAAGUAAGACUGGAGACAAUCUAUAUUUGUGGAGUAGAUGAGAUGAGUACCCAGGAUAUCUUUUCCUAUUUCAAAGAGUAUCCUCCAGCUCACAUUGAAUGGUUGGAUGAUACUUCCUGUAAUGUGGUUUGGCUAGAUGAAAUGACAGCCACACGAGCACUUAUCAAUAUGAGCUCUCUGCCAGCCCUGGAUAAAAUAAGAAGCAGGGAUGCUACUGAGGAGAAGUCAUCUGAGAAAAGUAAAAAAGAUAAGCAGGAAGACAGUUCAGAUGAUGAUGAGGCUGAAGAAGGAGAAGUUGAAGAUGAGAACACAAGUGAUAUAGAGUUGGAUACAUUGUCUCAGGUAGAAGAGGAGUCUCUGCUAAGAAAUGAUCUUCGCCCAGCUAACAAACUUGCUAAAGGAAAUAAGUUAUUCAUGAGAUUUGCUACAAAAGAUGACAAAAAAGAACUUGGAGCAGCCAGAAGAAGUCAAUAUUACAUGAAAUAUGGAAAUCCAAAUUAUGGAGGCAUGAAAGGAAUUCUUAGUAAUUCUUGGAAGCGAAGAUAUCAUUCCCGUCGCAUUCAGCGGGAUGUGAUCAAGAAGAGAGCCCUGAUUGGGGAUGAUGUUGGCUUGACGUCCUAUAAACACCGACAUUCCGGACUAGUGAAUGUUCCAGAGGAACCCAUUGAGGAGGAGGAGGAAGAAGAGGAGGACCAGGACAUGGACGCUGAUGAUAGGGUGGUGGUUGAGUACCACGAGGAGCUUCCGCCUCUCAAGCCCCGGGAGCGGAGUGCAUCAAGGCGGUCCAGUGCUAGCAGCUCAGACUCAGACGAAAUGGACUAUGAUCUAGAGCUGAAAAUGAUUUCCACUCCUUCACCAAAGAAAAGCAUGAAAAUGACUAUGUAUGCUGAUGAAGUAGAAUCACAGUUGAAAAGUAUUAGGAACUCCAUGAGGGCAGAUACUCUUUCUACAAGCAAUAUCAAAAACAGAAUUGGAAACAAAUUACCCACCGAGAAGUUUGCAGAUGUCCGACAUCUGUUAGAUGAAAAACGUCAGCACACACGGCUACGGCAACCAGGCAGCGGGACUAAAUCAGAUAUACGUCAGCGGUUAGGAAAAAGACCCUAUUCUCCAGAAAAGUCCUCUGGCAGUAACUCAGUGGUUCGUAGAGAGGCCUUCUCAGAUGUACAUAGUAGGCUCGGUGUGCCCAGGCAAGACAUCAAAGGCCUCUACUCUGACACCCGGGAGAAGAAAUCAGGUAGUUUAUGGACUCGCUUAGGCUCUGCACCCAAGACCAAAGAGAAGAGCAUGAAGAAAGUGGAACACAGGGCACCAGGCACUGAGGAAGACGACUCCGAGCUGCAAAGGGCAUGGGGGGCUCUGAUUAAGGAGAAAGAACAAUCUCGCCAAAAGAAGAGCCGCUGUUCCCAGCACCCCUUUCCCAAGAAAAGUCAAUUCCCAGGUGCUUAUUGGACAGCCUUCGAGGGGGAAGAUGAGGGAAGCUGCCAGCUCACCUUCCAGGGCCCUAGUGUGGGGGCCGGAGCUUAUGGACCUGACCUCCGAGGCGCUCUUGUGCGGCCCAGGUAGAUGCAGGCACAGCGGCGAGCGCUUCCCUUCCUCCCGUAAACCUCGUGAUGGGUCUCUCAGUUCUCAGCUCCAAGUGAAGAUCAAGUUCAGUACUAUGGGAUUUUUAGGAACAAGAAAAUAAACUGUGACUUCUGGAUUUGGGGUGGAUUUUUAUGCUAGGGGUGGGGUCAUGGGUUGUUAAGCAAUUUUAAAGUCUGUAUUAUGUUUUAAAAUAGUCAUGAUUUAAAAGUUUAAAUUUUUAAUUUUUAUAUGUGAAAAUACUUCCUUUUGGCUACAAGGGAAGGUCAAGUGGUGUCUUCUAAUGUGCUGUUGAAUAUAUAUUAUAUACUUUGGAAG